CGCUGAUGGCGCCCGACUAGAAAGCAGUAGCAACUAAUCGCUUUCAAAUAUCGAUUUUAUUUAACCUCAAUCGCGAACGCGAGGAGCAAAAAGUCGUCCAUCUACGCUGUAUUGAGUCGCACACACUUUCUCACAGAACAGAGAUGGACUCCGAGGAGAUGGAGGUGGAGAGCAGCAGUGAUGUGGGACAUUCUGGGAUGGAGGAGCCAUCAGAAAGUGGCAUGGGCAUGGAGUCAUCAGAGGCCAUGUCUGCUGAUAGCAGCGAUGCGGUGGCUCCUGCCCCGGCCCCAGAAUCAGAUUGUCAAGUAGGACAGAGCUCUGAGGGACUUGUGGUUUUUAUUCCAGAGACAAGCUCAAGUACAGAUGUGAGAAGAGUUCAUCUCCCAGACUCUUCCUCUGUUGCCCAGUCAACCAGUGUGUCCAGUGUCUCCACGGUGACACAAUCAGUCCUGGUGUCGGAGUCUGUCCAGGUCAUGGUGCAUUCCAGUGCUGUCUCUGAAGGAGGGAUGAUGGUUUCUGAUUCAACUGCUUCCACCUCCUCGGAUCUUGGCUCGGCUAUAGACAAGAUCAUCGAAUCCACAAUUGGACCCGACAUUAUGAAUGGAUGUAUUGCUGUUACAAGUGCCGAGGAUGGCAGUGCAGAGACCACGCAGUAUCUGAUACUUCAAGGACCUGAUGAUGGAGCUCCAAUGGGUGCUCAUAUGUCUUCCUCUGCACUGUCGAGCCGCAUUGCCAUUGAAGCCCUUGCUGAUGGACCCACCUCCACAUGCCUGGAUCAAGCAGACCUAUCAGAAAACCCGCAGGGCAGUGUGGAACCCGACCAGCCUGGACACUCUGGUUACCGUGGACAUGAAGAUGGCAGCAGCAGCAGCAGCAGCCACCCAGACCAGCCCCAGCACUCCCAGUACAUUGAGUGCAGUGGAGGAGAUGACCCAGACCAGAACAGAGAGGCUCGAUGCAUUGAGUGCUCAGGAGAAGAACCAGACCAAACCCCACGUCAUUCUGGGGUCACGGACUACAGCGUGGCAGAGUGCAGUGGUACGAACUCUAGCCCUCAGAGAAGUUCCUCACGCUACAUUGUGGAAUGCAGUGAUGGGUACUUGGAGUGCAGUGCAGAAAGAAUGGAGCAGUCGCAGCAUUCCCGUUAUAUCGACAGUAGUAUGGAUGACAGGGAGCACGUCUCGGCCUCAGAGCAGGAAGGGAGUGUGGCAGAGGAGCCCCAGCACUCGUACGUGCCGCAGGAUGUACUGUAUGCAGACGAGGGUGAUGUACGCCACUCAUUGGCCGACACAGUGGGCUCCCAGCUCGCUGAUCAAAUGGACUGCAGUGACAGCUUGCCUGGAUCAUACAUAAGUAGCAGCGGGACCUAUUCUACCCACCCAGAUCCUGAGGUGGUGGAAUCUGGGGUGGUGGCUGAGCCAGGACAUAGAACCCCAGACAUGGCUGAGCUGGAGGAAAUGAUGGAGGUGGUGAUUGUUCAACAGUUUAAGUGUAAGAUGUGCCCAUAUAAAAGUGUCUCCAAGGAUACGCUCCUCAACCACAUGAGGGCCAGACAUUUUAAACCAGCAGGUGCUCCGCCCCCAAAGAAACGUGGAAGGGGUCGUCCAAGAAAAUCUGAAGCUAAAGAACGACCCGUUGCUGUGGUCAAAAAGGAAGAGCCAACUGAAGAAGAAGAGGAUGACAUCAUUGAUGCAGGUGCCAUUGAUGAUCCAGAAGGUGACAGUGAUUAUAAGCCAGCUGAUGAAGAGGCCAGGCCAAAACCAGCUGCAAGUCAAAGCACUCCUCCUCCUCCAUGUUCUUCCUCAUCUUCCACUACCUUGAGGAAACGGCCCAGAAGAAUGGUGGGCCCACCACGUAAAUUUGUUUUCUCCCAAAGUUCCUCAGAACCACCAGCAGUCACUCAGACGAAUGAUGCAGGUGACCCACAAGCUCCUGAAGAGGCAAGCUCCUCUGGAUUAGAGAAUGGAACUUCCUCGUUAUCCAACGGGAGUGCAGUGGAGCCAGGCGUAAGCCAAUCAGAUUCAGAGAACAAAGAUCCCUCAUCAAACACGGGCCCUGAUGACAUUGAGUUUUUGCCAAGGAAACGAGGACGGCCUUCCAAACGCUUCCUUCAAAAAAAGUACAAAAAGUACAUGAAUCGCAAUAAGUACUACCGAUCCCUGAAGCCUCUACUGAGGCCUUAUAAUUGCUGGAUCUGUGGCUCCCGCUUUCUAUCGCAAGAGGAUCUCCGAUUCCAUGUGGAUUCUCAUGAAGGAAAUGAUCCCGAGCGCUUCAAGUGUCAGCAGUGUAGCUACCGUUGUAAACGCUGGUCCUCACUCAAGGAGCAUAUGUUCAAUCAUGAAGGUAUGAAACCUUAUAAGUGUGAGUCGUGUGAUUACUCCAGUGUUUAUAAAAAAGACGUGAUCCGGCACUCGGCUGUCCACAGCAAAAGCAAGAGUCGGAAGACAGAUAUGGUUUCCAAAGUGUCAGAGUUUCCAUGUCCCAUCUGUCACCGCGUGUACCCAUUGCAGAAACGUCUCACCCAGCACAUGAAGACACACAGCACAGAGAAACCUCACAUGUGUGACAAGUGUGGGAAAUCCUUCAAGAAACGUUACACUUUCAAAAUGCAUCUUCUCACGCACAUACAGAACUGCGGCAACAGCUUGUUUAAGUGUGAGUUCUGUGAAAUUACCUGCAAUGACAAGAAAAACCUGCUCAAUCAUCAGCUGUCCCACACCAACGACAAACCUUUCAAAUGUGAAGAUUGCAAAUAUUCCACGAGUAAAGAGGAUUUCCUGGUGUCCCACAUUGCCAUAAAACACACUGGUGAAAAGCCCUUCUCCUGUGACAUGUGCCACUUCACAACCCGACACAGGAAGAAUCUGCGGCUGCAUGUGCAGUGUCGUCACCCUGAAGCCUUCGAGGAGUGGAAUCGGGUGCACCCCGAGGAGCCCAUCCGUCGCCGCCAGAAACCUGUUUUCACCUCGCAGCAGAUUGAGGAGCUUAGGUUGCAGCAUGAGACGCAGGGACUUCAGGGCACCAUUGUGUCAGUGGACCCCAUCACUCUCCAAACCAUGGAGUCCCUGGGAAAUACCUCUAUAUCCCAGGAUGCACUGGGAAAUACUACCAUCAUCUAUGAGCAAGGCCAGAAUGCAGACCUCUCUGCCCAGAAUGCCCUAGAUCUGCUGCUGAACAUGAGUAACGCAAGAGAACUUCAGGUGGCGGUGCUGAAAACAGAUGGCAAGACUCUCGAGACUGGUUCGUGGGCCGGAGCUGGUGCCGGCGGUCAACCUCAAAAGAUUGUGACCUUCCAUGUGUCAGAGAAUGGAGAUACUCUGGUGCAGGAGGCAUUUGAGACGGCUACAGGAACUGUGGAGCAAGAGGAGGAAACUGGUGUGUCACAGGAUGUGGCACAGAUUGGCAUUAAUACAUACGAGGGAGACGAUUUCAGUGUAGUGGAACAGGCCGCAGAGGAGUUUCCUGCCAAUGGAGAAACACACAGUUUAGAGGAGCCCUCAGCAGAGCCUCAGGUGAUGGAAGUGAGCACCGAACCCUCGUCAAUCUCUACACCUCUGAAAGAGAGUAAAGAGAAGUUUUACCUGAGUUCAGGCCUCACGGAUGGAGUCCUGCAGCAGGUAGAACUGAGCAGUGAAGCUCCAGGAUCCCCUUCCCUGUGUCCAUCACCCUCUUCUCAACAGUUCAACAACAAACGCUUCUCCUGCCGGAUCUGCAUGGAAGCUUUUCAUGGCCGCUCAGACAUGGAAAACCACAAGAGGGCGCACAUAGACCCCAAAACGUUUAAAUGCCCAGACUGUGACUUCACAGCACCUUCAUGGCCAGAGGUCAAGUCUCACAUGUCCAUGCACGCGUAUUUGCGGCCUCAUAAAUGCACCAGCUGCAGUUUUGCGUCCAAAAACAAGAAAGACCUGCGACGCCACAUGAUGACACACACCAACGAGAAGCCUUUCGCUUGCCAGGUCUGCGGACAAAGGUUUAACCGUAAAGGCCAUCUAAAGUUCCACAUGGAGAGGCUUCAUACUCAGGAUCCCUUGCCCCGUAAAGCCCGCUCUGUUCCCUCUCAGCAGACCAUCAUUGUUAACAGUGAUGAAGAGGCUUUGGCCACACUGCAGAAUCUGCAGGCAGGUCAAGCGGUAAUCAGUCCAGAGAGGUUGCAGCAGGCUUUGUGUCAGGAGCACAUCAUUGUGACCCAGGAUCAGACUCUUUCAGACCAGGAGGAGGCAACAUAUAUUCAGCAGAUCACAACAGUUGAUGGACAGACAGUGCAGCACUUAAUGACUGGAGACAAUCAGGUCACUGAGGUCCAGUAUAUCAUCUCCCAGGAUGGAGUUCAGCACUUAAUCCCACGGGAAUAUGUGGUGGUAUCUGAUGGAAACCACAUUCAGAUGGAGGAUGGACAGAUUGCUCACAUUCAGUACGAGCAUGAUGGGACAUUUAUGCAGGAGCAGCAGAUUGCUCUGUCUCAGGAUGGACAGAUCCAGUAUGUUCCCAUCACUGCUGAGCAACAGGUUGUCACCCCUGAGGACCUGGAGGCUGCUGCCCAUUCCGUUGUCAAUGCUGUUGCAGAUUCAGCCAUGGCUCAGACUCAGACGGUUUACACAGAGGCCACACCAGAACAACUGGAACAGCUGCAGCAACAGGGCAUCCAGUAUGAUGUCAUUACAUUUACUGAGGAGUAGAAAAUAAAUACAUGCUCUGAUUUUGAACACCAACACACAGAACAUUUGCGGCUCAUUUUGGCUCCAGAUUACUUCAGUGGAUAUCACAGACUCUGAUGAUCAUCCACUUUAGGGGACUGAGAUGUUCCACAGACUAAAAUUUUCUUCCGCUAGAAUUGUCCAGUAAGAGGGUGAAUGUACUGUUAGAUGCACGCUGCAAAUUAUACAAAUCAUGUCUUCAUAUUUACAGUAAAUAUCAUUUAAAGCAAUUGAUCUCUGCGUGCCUACAGUGUUUUUCCUUGUAAAGAUAAUUUAAAAAAAAACCUGUAUAAAGUAUUCUGUAUUAAAUUCUGUUACUUUGAUGUACUAUGAUGGAUGCUAAUUUAACUGCUACUGUUCUUCUGACUGCGACAGAAUUGUGUAAAUGUAUAUUGAACAAUUGAUGCUUCUUUUUGUCAUAUGGUUCCUAGUUGUAGCUAAAGUGCUUAUAACAGAGGGUUUAUUAUUAUUUUCAUUUUAUGUGAAGCAUACUGUUUCAUCUUUAGCUUCAUUUUUAAAGAGAUUUUUGCUUUCAGUCUAUAAAUAUAGCUACAGAAAUUAACUUGCAUACCAAAUAAAUCAUGUCAUCUUUCUGUGAACCUUUACAUUGUGAAAACAUGACGCUUUUUUGAAGUUCAGUUCAAUAUCAAAGAUAUUAUGAUGUACAGUACAAAGGAACAGAUCUGUUGCACAUUUUAGAUACUGAGGUUUGUUGAUUAAAGAUUGAGAAUGACUCUAAGUUAUAAAACAAAACUAAAACAUAAUUACACACAUCUAAAAUAUUGGAAAUUUAUUUAUACAAUAGUAUAUUUUAUUUAAAAAAUAUAACGUGUA